AUUCGCAUGCGCAUAAACACAAGACACGUCGUCUGAACAGACGUAUCUACCGGCCUAUUGAGGAAAUCGGUGAAUAACACAGAUUAUCAGCAACACACUAUGGGAGGAAUAUUCAGCCUCUUGUCAGGUCUGUUCGGGACCCGAGAACGCCGCAUCCUCAUCCUUGGCCUGGAUGGAGCUGGAAAGACAACAAUUUUAUACAGGCUUCAAGUGGGCGAAGUUGUCACUACAAUUCCAACAAUUGGAUUUAAUGUCGAAACAGUUACUUACAAGAAUUUGAAAUUUCAAGUUUGGGAUCUGGGAGGCCAGACAAGUAUAAGACCUUACUGGCGCUGUUACUACUCAAACACCGACGCUAUCAUCUACGUGGUGGACAGUAUGGAUCGCGACCGUAUCGGGAUCUCCAAACAGGAACUCGUAUCCAUGUUGGAGGAGGAUGAGUUGAAGAAGGCAGCGCUGGUGGUGUUUGCCAACAAGCAGGACAUAGAGGGUGCCAUGACAGUGGCAGAGGUGGCCAAUGCACUAGGACUCAGUAACUUGAAAAAUAGAAAGUAUCAGAUAUUCAAAACGUCUGCAAUCCAAGGAGAGGGUCUGAAUGAAGCCAUGGAAUGGUUGGCAACUACGGUUACAAACCAGAAGUAGCAUUGGACAUUGGCAUGAAAUUGUAUAAAUGUGGUGAAUGAAGAGGAACGCAAGUAUGGAUACAUUGAGGGGAUGCAACUGUGUCAUCUUCACCAUCACUAUGAUACUGGUUCUGCAGGCAUCAGAAUCCUGUCAUUAACUUUAGGGAAUAUGACUGUCGUAGCUAAUGUCAAGCUAUGGGAUAUGGAUUCAUAGCCUGGGAUAUGUUUGGAGUAUGACAAAGUAACAGAUUGCUUCAUCUUCAUCAUUAAACAUACAACAGGGGGAACUCCAAGAGGAGUUAAUACUGACUGGAUUAACCACAUUUGGGGGUUCAAGUUCAGUUUUCAAGUUCAAGACAUUUGGAAUAAUGAUACAUUACUCAUUAAGCUUUAGAAAGCUAUUUAUGUAUGAGAUAGACCGAACAAGUUAUUACCUCUGGUGCUGUUGCCAUCCAAAAAGGGGGUUUUAGGUGCACAGAUCCAGAAAGUAUGUCGCUGACAAUACAAGACUUGAGAACAACAACUCUUGUAGAACGACAUUGUUAGGAAGACAGAAUGUGCAGUAACUACAAAUGUAUGACCUCUAAGUCUUCUUGUGGUUGAAUUGAAAACAAGAACUGGCUUUGGCAUGUUUAAAUUGUGAAGAAUAAGUGCAGGGACUAUGUACCUAUACAGCCAGAUUAUCUUGGCCAUUGGUUAAACAUACUGGGUAUUAAUGUGGUAUUCAUCAUUACUCUCAUGCAUGUUAAAAGAUUGUUUGUUGUCACUGGAAUUCUAGUUCUCAGAUAAAUCAUUAUUUCUAAGUACGGGAUAUUCCCUGUGUAGGAAAUUCUCCAUUCUGACUUGGAUUAGUUAUUUAUUUUAGGUAAUUAACAUGAUAAGGUAUAUAUACUCCAUUGUUGGAUCCUUUGUUUCAUGAUGGGAAUUGACGAGUUUGAGCCAGGGAAAGUGUGGCUCCUUGCCUGUAUUGUUUUGAGUGGCCAUACAAAUACCUGUUAUGCUAGGUUGUAUGUGGUAACUCCAAAAAUAGACCGCAUUUUAUGAAAAAGUUUCUUAUAAUUUCUUUGCAGAAACUUCGAUUUUUAUUAAAUAUAACAGAUUUUUUAUGAUAGAUUAAUUUAAGGUAAGCUUGAAGCUAGUUGACAAAAAAGACGGUUUGAUUGUUACUUACCUUAUUCCUGAGGUGAGAAUUAUGCCACAUUAAAUAUUAAUAUCCCCAACUAAAUGACUGAUAAAUCAGCCACUAUACGAAGUGUUCUGAGUGUUCAACUUCAAACUCAAUUGGUACCAUGUGAUCAAAAUAUAUUAAGGUGGUUAAUUAUCACAUAUAUCUGAGCUGUUGAUGGAAUAAGAUGUUCAUUGUAGAGUCACAGCACAUGUUUAAUAUAUGAGUGCGAUGUUUAGCACACUGUAGUAUUUUUCCUCUCCAUCAUUGAGGCUAUGUCCUCUGCUUGCUUUGUGGGUACAAUAUAAGAUGAGCUGAUUUCAUAUGUUCAUGUAACUGUUGCUGACUCUGUUGUGUUGUGAGCACAUGUAUUAAUUUAUUAUAGUGCUUGAGAAAGUUUGUUUACAUAUUUUGAUCAUUUUGAAAUCUAAUUCAUGCAUGAAUAUCCAUAUAUCAUCGAACUCAUCAACUUUUGUGAUUCUAAGUGAUUGUUGUUACAACCAGUGAUCUGAAUUUAGAUAAAAUUAAUUUUGAAACGUCCCUUUCAUAUCUGGAUAUUUUGUUAAUCCACAUCUGGGUGUGUCAAGUUAUCUUGCUACCAUAACUGAUAGGUUUUGUUGAGAUAGGAGCAAAGCUAGUGGUAGUCUAACAUCCAGUCUCUGAAAUGAAGUAUUUUACAGAAAAAACAAUUGUAAGUUAUCUUAAAAUAUAAGAAAAAGGAGCCCAGGGAAUGUUCAUUUUCUGACACUGCAGUAAUCCAGGCCUGCUAGACUUGCAUGGGCUGUAUAUUGGUUAUAUUUGUUUCAGGGUUGGGUCUGGAUUUCUUCUUCGGUAUUUUACUGUUACUUAUGAUGUAAGGAAUCAAAUAUGUACUUUGCAUCAUUCAUAGUAGUAAUGUCUUUUUAAACCUGUCCUCAUAUUCAUUCUAAGCAUGUAUUUUUGGUAUUGCCCAAAUACAUGUCAUUCCAAACACAGCAUGAAAAUAAUAAAGCACAUUUUGUCCAAUGAAGUGUCUUGCUUAUUGAAGCGGAAAUUAUACAUUAGCAGAGGAUAUCAAAAUCACAUUUUAUUUUUUAAAACUUGAAAACUUAAAUGGACCAGAUAAAAUUGAAUAAAAUAUUUUAAGACAAAUACAUUAUGAGCCUUGGUAUUGUAUUGUGUAUGAAAAUUCCAAAAUCAUGUCAUACAAUCCUGUUUUGUUUUAGAUGAGUUUGAAUGUUGGGUAUUGAUGUUAUUCGCCAGUAUUCAUUAAUAUUAUUAAUGUGUGGUUUAAUUGGGAUAUUUGACCUGGGAUAAUAAAUGCUAUACCAAUUUCUUGGAUCAUCAUUCUCAAAACAUAAGUGUUUCAAAAUAUCCCUAUAUAGAGAAUGUGUAUAUUUAUUUAUUAUUAUUUGACAAAUGAUCUUCUCCACCUGUGAUUUUCAAGAUGAGAUAUUGUCCCAAAAUGUCAUCUGUAUCAAAGAGUAGGUCUGAGUUGAAACUCAAUCUUCCAUGUUGAUAAUGUUAAUUUUGUCAGCUAAGUCUUUCCAUAAAUAGUGUAUUGAUAGGCCAAUAUGGCAGUGUUCGAAAUUCUGGAUGAAAGUCUGAGUACUUGACAUUAAAUAAUGGUGUGGAAAUGAAAGAUUUUGAUACUUCACAGAGGUGGAGAGUGUGAGUAACUCAACUUGUCCACAGCUCAUUUCAGACUAAAUGUGGGAAGAAAACAGGUGUUUUUUACAGAUUGCUGCUAGUUGUUGGACUAGAGGCUGUAUGUAGCCCUGCUGUGUAUAUUAAGACCUUAGUGAUUUAGAGCCUCAUUAAAUUUCGAACACUGUUAGGUGGGUGCCCAUACAAUGACAAGGGCUGUAGUCAAUGCGUCAUGUACCGUUUUAAUGUUUGGACUGAAAUAUUCUAAAAUGAUUAUGACUGGUCCUGGGAGUGACGGAUGUAAAGUUUAUGUUCAAGUUAUGCUUGUAAUCCAAGAUGUUUUGUGUUGCACCUCCCUCAUCUCCAUCCUGCACAGCAUCACAUACAGGUCAGAGGUUGUUUGUCUGUGUAUAUUAUCAGUAUGGCCAGUCUGGCUGAUUUGUACAGAGAUGUUCUACAGUGGGAUUCAUAUUUGUAAAUAAAGUCAAUUCUCUUUCUUCGAUC